AUGAAAGCAUUCAGCAGGAAGAGCAUGAAAGUGGUCCGUAAGAUCCAUGCAUUGUCCUUCUCUCACUCUAGUUCUUCCGCCAAGGUCACACCGUACAUCCAUCGGCUGCCAGUGGAAAUCCUACAACAAGUCUUCUUGCUCAUCGUUCACAACGCGCCAGGCUGUCCCAAUAUCUUCUCAUACGGACGUAAUACCAUUUCGGUCGACGUUUCCAGCCCUCCCCUAGUCUUGACCAGGGUGUGCCACCUUUGGCGAGUCGUAGCACAUUCAACGGCAGGUGUCUGGUCGCGCAUCCAGGUCAUCCUCCCCGGGAAAGUUAAAUCGUACAAACCAUUCCUUCCACAUCUCCUCCAGUGUUGGCUGGCUCGCUCCGGUAGUCUUCCCCUCGCCCUUCAUAUUGUUACCAAACCUCGCUCUCGCCGCAAACAAUCUUACAUACCAACACCAGUGACAAGUGAUCUACUUCUCAGUAUCCUCCUUUCUGAGAUACAGCGUUGGGAAACUGUGGUUAUGCCACAGGUGUAUGACUGGAAUUUUGACUUCGACACGCCUCAGUUGAGAUACUUGGCAUGUUACUGGUCAAAUUUUUGCCAAUUCAAUGCACCAAAUCUUUCCCGCCUGUCCAUCCACAGUCAUUGUUUCCAAAUCACUCCUAUUUGCAAAGAUCUACGGCAUCUGCAACUCCAGACCGUUUCCGCAUGUACUAUAUGCUCCACUAUAGCCAUGUUCCCUCAUCUGGAGAUCAUCGUGGUUGACAGUAUGGUCUAUGGUGAUGAUCCUCCUGCUAGAUGUGAUUCGGCGACGCUGGAAUUGAUGACCCUCCCCCUCCCCCCCUCCGUGUGGGAUCCCGACUUCCGGAAUGAGUUUACCGACAUGUUCAAUCAACUUCAUCUUCCCGUCUUGCGGAAAUUGACUCUGGCUGGAUUACCAAAAAAAGGACAAGUCAAAUGCCUUUUAACGGCGCUGGCAGUUGCACCGUUUCAGGUGCCGGUGGUAGACUUUCAGACGGACGCACCGCUGAGCAAAGCUCAAAUGAACAAAAUCGCGCCUUUGUUCUCAAUUGUGGGAGAGGUUACGGUUUGUGGGAAAUUGGCGCAGAUCAACGAGUAUCGGCAUUCACGAAUGGAAAAACUGAAGCUAUGUUUCUCGAGAUAA